AUGAGUUCAGACUACUCUUACGACGAGCAGGGCCAAUUCUUUCCCUUCUUUAUCCUCACACUUUCCGGGAUCGUCACUCUUCCCCUUACCUACACACUCCUUCGUCCGAGUCGCAGCGAUGAUGCGCUAGCGCCACGAAUCAAGACCGACUACAAGCCAGAGCAUGCGGCUGCAGUCGACUCCCUCAAGACAGCGCGGAAGCGCAGCCAGUGGAGGGUCAAACGGGCCAUCUUUGUGGUUUUUGGCUGGGCCAUGAUGGCUGGUAUGGCCUACCUCAUCGUAGUUACGCAGCGAACUGUUCCCAAGCUCUACAACCCUUACGACAUCCUCGGCAUCUCAGAGUCCCUCAACGAGAAGCAAAUCAAGUCGCACUACAAGCGACUUUCCCUCAAGUUCCAUCCCGACAAGGUUCGCCCUGACCCCGCCAAGAACGAAACCGUGGAAUCUCUCAACGACUUCUACGUCGAACUCACCAAAGCCUACCAAGCCCUCACUGACGAAGAUGUCCGCAACAAUUACAUUCAAUACGGUCACCCCGAUGGAAAGCAGAGCUUCAGCAUGGGUAUUGCCCUUCCCCAGUUCAUUGUGGCAGACGGCAGUGGAAAGUACGUUGUUCUCAUGUACACCCUGCUUCUUGGAGUUCUUCUGCCUUGGCUCGUCGGAUCCUGGUGGUACGGUACUAUGAGAAUGUCCAAGGAAGGUGUCCUGAUGGAGAGCGCAAACAACCUGUUCCGACAAUACGACGACGAGAUCGAAGAAGGCGGCAUCAUCACGGCUCUCAGCGUUGGCAAGGAAUUUGAGGAUAUUGUUAAGGGUGACAAGAUUGAGACGGCUCUUUCUAAGAUCGAGUCACGAAUCACAGCCGAUAGCGAUUGUCAGCCCACCGCUUCUGGCAUGUCAGUCAAGGACAAGGACGCUCUUCAAGAUCUCGAUAACGGCGCGCGACGUAAGGCUCUUGCUCUCCUUUGGGCUUACCUUGGCCGCGUUGAACUCGACGAUCCUGCUCUCACCAAGGCCAAACUCCAGACCGGCCCUAUUGCCCGCGCUCUCAACCAGUCUUUCAACGCCAUCACUCUCGCCUACGGAAACAUCGGCCCCAUUGCCAACUCUUUCUACACUAGCCAGAACUUGGUUCAGGCUGUUGCACCUCACGCUUCUCCUCUCCUCCAGCUUCCCCACAUCACCCCCAAGAUCGCCAGCGCCAUUGAGGGCGAGACCAAGACUCACAUGCCUGUCCACCGUUUCAUGGAUCGACCCGACGCUCAGCGUAGACAGAUGGCUAUCGGCGAGGGUCUCCUGACUGAGGAGCAGUACGAGACUGCUAUUGGUGUUGCUAAGCAGAUUCCUUUCUUCCGUGUAUGCCGAGCUUUCUUCAAGGUUACUGGCGAGCGUUUCAUUACUCCUUCUUCGCUUGUGUCCCUCGUUAUCAAGGGUCGCUUCAUUCCUCCCGGUACUGAUGAUGUUCCUGCUAUCAAUGAGCUGGAUCUUGAGGACAUUGAUCCCGCCGAGGACGAUAUUGAGGCUAUCAACGGUCGCAAGAAGAAGACCAUCAAGGGUCCCGAUGGCAAGCUUAUCCCCAUCGAAGAAGAAUCCAUCCUGCCCCCUCUCACCCACGCUCCUUACUACGCCCGCGACCACUCUCCUCAAUGGCACGCCUUCCUCAGCGAUUCCAAGCAGGGCAAGAUGGCUGUUCCUCCUUUCCAUUUCGCCAAGUUUGACCAACCUAUCGUUGACGAUGAGGGCAAGCCUACCUUCAACAUGCAGACCCUCAAGGCCCAAUUCGCUGCUCCCCCUCAAGCUGGACACUACACCUUUGUUCUGCACGUUAUCUGCGACGCUUAUGUCGGUUUCGACACCAAGAUGGAGGUGACACUUGUUGUUGAAGAGGCUAGCAAGGCGGUCGAGAUGCAACAAGAGGAUGAGAUCAGCGAGCCUGAAGAGGAUUCUCUCGCUGGACAAAUGCACGUUCUCAAGACUGGUCAAACUCCCAAGACUCGCAGAAAGGAUUCUGAUGACUCUGACGAUGAGAGCGGCACAGAUGAGGAGGAGGAGGACGACACUAGCGCAACAAAUACAGAUACUGAGGACGAGUCAUAG